AAUGUAAACAAAGAAUUCUAAAGAAUGUAAAUAGCAUUUAGAAAUAUCUUUGAACCAAAAUGUCUGACUUGGUGGUUACUUUAAGUUCUUCAGAAGACGAAGACGCUACGCCGUCUACAUGCAAACAAAAACAGGAUGCUCUUGAUGAAUUUUUGGAUAUUAUACCCGACGAAGUGAAAAAAAAUGUGAAAGCCAGAAAACAUUUAUUAGGUUUAGGUGGAAGCAGUAGUAGUUCAAACCAACAAGAGAGGAAGAUGAACAAAGCAUUGGAAAAGGAAGCCAAGAAGAGAAAGCUGCAAGAAGAUAAGAAGGAAAGGGAGGCACGUAUCCAGAUGAACAAAGUGUAUAAACCUGGAGAAUGUAUGCAGUAUAUCAAUGUGGUGGUGAAUGAAAAUUUGUUACGUAAAUGGUACAUGGCCAGUGUGCAGCAAGAGGUCGCUGCAGCAGGAGCCAAUAUUGAGCUACAGCAGUCAAGUAAUGACCAGGGCAUCAUCACUUGGACUAGGAAACUGCCUCAGACCUUGGAUAAAUACUUUGAAAAGUUAAAAAAGCCGAAUGAGGAGAAAUGUGACCACGCUCUAUGCGUGAUGGAAGUGGAGUGUGUGACCCGUUUAGUACAAUCCAACUGUCUCGCGAGGACUAUGAUUGAGUUCAAGGAACAACUGGAAUGCAAGAUGACAUUAGUCGUCGUACAAGUAGAAGCGUACUUCAAGUCGAAAUCUGGACGCAAGGAGAUGAGCAAUAUCGAUUUCGAACUAGCUUUAACAGACGUGAUGGUGACAGCUGACUGUGACGUGGUGACGGUGGAGACGGCGCAGGAGAUGGCAGACACCAUAGUGCGGUUCACUAAAGCCAUCGCUGAUGCACCCGCCAAAAAAGCGAAACGUGAAAUUGAUGAAUUAUCCAGUUUCUACAUGAGAGGUGUCAACAGGAAUUGUGUUGCCAUCAAUAAUAAUGGCGCUGGGGUCUCCCAGCUUUGGCAGCAGAUGCUGGCGAUGUUGCCACAGUCCAGCCUUGACAUCGCUCGGGCACUCUGCGCUCAAUACAAGUCUCCGCUGGCCAUCUAUGAGCCGACAUUGCCGAUAGAAAAUGGCACAUUACCUAUAAAAAAGAAGAUUGUUCAUAAGAAGGCUAGUCCGGCUGAUUUUACUGACAAAGAGGGCCAUUACCUUACUAUGGCUUAUGCUACAGCUAAUGCCUAUGACUUGAAGAGUUUGAAAGAAGCCCUGGUACAACAGAAGCUGUAUGAACCGGGAACGCUAAAAUCAAAUGAGUUAGGAGAUGUGGUGGUAGCGAAUGCAGUAUACAGUGUUGGUACUGAGCCCAGAGAGAUUAUAUUCUUCCGAGAAGGUGGUAUUGUGUUCUGGAACUGUACAGAGUUAGAGGCUCGGAAUGUACUGGACUUUGUGAGGCCUUUUGAAAUAGACAGUUACCCUAGAGAUGUGGUUGAGAAGGAAAGAGAGGUCAUGACCUAUGUUUACCAUCCCAAUGUGAAGAAAUGUCACUUGCAAGAAUCAUCAUUUGUUCUGGUGCCAAAAAGAGACAAUUCGUUAGAGAAGUACACAUUUAGCCACGCGAUGGUGCAGUCUGCGCGGCUGGGCGCGUGGGAGGCACGCUUGGAGGCGCUGGCCACCGCAGUCAGCUCCCACACAGCCGCCAUGCAGCACGACGGGGCCGCGCAUCUUGAUAAGAAAGAGGUAGUUCGAAAGCUAGGCGAGUUGUUCUCCCUCCGCCACCGGCUGAACGUGGAAUCCGACCUGCUGGACACUCCUGACUUCUACUGGGAAGAGGAGCAGCUUGAACGGCUCUAUUCCUCCACUGUUGCAUACUUCACCAUCUCCAGGAGAACCAGGGUGCUAAACGAGCGUCUCUCCCAUUGUGUGGAACUGCUAGAACUGCUGUCUUCUUGGGCUGCAGACAGGCACCAUGUUCGCCUCGAGUGGAUGGUGAUCGCACUCAUUCUCGCCGAGGUCUGCUUUGAACUCCUCCAUCUAUUCGAGAGUUUAGUGUAA